CCAACUGCGAUAGGCCGCGCGGCCCUUAUCAACGCCCGUUUAUCACGUCGGCCAACUCUCGUCCUUCUUCCCCACCGCAGCAUCCGACCUUCGCCUACGCUUCCUCUCGCGUGGCUUCUUUUUUUAAAUCCCCCCUCGUCAGUCCCCCAUGCCUCUUCUUGAUCGUCUCCUCGAUCUUUUUGCCCGUCUAUUCAGCCCUUCGUUUCAUCUCGGCUUCUAGAGCUCCCAUCGGAGUAUAAUAUUCGCCACACAGCCUACCCUACUGAAAUUUGAUUCUCUUGGCUCUCCGAUCGGCUCAAGUCCCGCAUCCCUGAUUCGCAGGCCAAGAGAAAUAUAAUUGGGGCAGCGCCUGUUGACCGCCGUCAACGAUGCACCUCAUCCCCAAGGAGCUUGACAAGCUCACCAUCUCGCACUUGGGCUUCCUCGCCCAACGUCGUCUGGCACGUGGUGUGCGACUGAACCAUGCCGAAGCCGUCGCCCUCAUCUCGUCGAAUCUGCACGAGCUGAUCCGAGAUGGCCUCUAUUCCGUGGCCGAUCUCAUGUCCAUCGGCAAAACCAUGCUCGGUCGCCGACAUGUCCUCCCUUCUGUGCCAUCGACUCUCGUGGAACUGCAGGUCGAAGGAACCUUCCCGACCGGAACCUAUCUGGUGACGGUUCACCAUCCCAUCAGUAGCGAUGAAGGUGACUUGGAGAAGGCGCUGUAUGGCAGCUUUCUUCCUAUUCCGCCGACCGAUGCGUUCCCGGAGAUCAACCCCGAUGAUUUCCAACCCGAAAAAAUGCCCGGUGCGAUUAUACCCGUGAAGGAUGAGCGCAUUACUUUGAACGAGGGACGGACACGCAUCAAGCUGAAGGUCAUGAGUAGGGGUGAUCGGCCCAUUCAGGUGGGAUCGCAUUACCAUUUCAUCGAAACGAACCCGCAACUGCAUUUCGACCGCCUCCGUGCCUAUGGCUACCGUCUUGAUAUCCCCGCCGGAACGUCGGUGCGAUUCGAACCCGGCGACACCAAAACCGUCACCCUCGUGCAGAUCGCUGGUAACCAGAUUAUCAAGGGAGGCAAUUUCCUGGCCUCGGGCAAGGUCGAUUUCAGCCGAGCGGAGGAUAUCAUGCUUCGACUGCAGGCCGGAGGUUUCGCUCAUAUCCCCGACCCGACGGCCGAUACCGCACUCGUUAGCCCCUACACGAUGGACCGGGAAGCCUAUGCGCGAAUGUUCGGGCCUACUACGGGUGAUUUGGUCCGACUGGGAUUGACAAACCUCUGGGUCAAGGUUGAAAAGGACUACGCCUCGUAUGGUGAUGAGUGCAGUUUCGGCGGUGGCAAGAGUCUUCGUGAGGGUAUGGGGCAGUCCUCCGAAAAGUCCUCCGAACACUGCUUGGACACCGUCAUCACGAACGCGCUGAUCAUCGAUUGGACUGGCAUCUACAAGGCGGACAUUGGUAUUAAGAACGGUAUCAUCACUGGAAUUGGCAAAGCUGGUAACCCUGAUAUGAUGGAUGGGGUUCAUCCCGACAUGAUUGUGGGCUCCUCCACGGAUGUGGUGGCCGGUGAAAACAAGAUCGUGACCUCGGGUGGUUUUGACACUCACAUCCACUUCAUCUGCCCCCAACAGGCGGAUGAAGCGCUUGCUUCGGGAAUCACCACCUUCCUGGGUGGUGGCACUGGACCCUCGACCGGUACCAACGCGACUACCUGCACCCCGGGACCCACUCACAUGCGACAGAUGAUCCAAGCGUGCGACAGCAUUCCCCUCAACAUUGGUAUUACCGGAAAAGGAAACGAUUGCGGCGGACAAAGCAUUGUGGAGCAGAUCAAAGCCGGCGCUGCCGGUCUGAAGUUGCACGAGGAUUGGGGUUCCACGCCUGCCGCCAUCGACACCUGCCUAGACAUGUGCGAUCAGUAUGAUGUGCAGUGCAUGAUUCACACCGACACGCUGAACGAGUCUGGAUUCGUGGAGCAGACGAUCGCUGCUUUCAAGAACCGCACCAUCCACACGUAUCACACCGAGGGAGCCGGUGGUGGCCACGCCCCUGACAUCAUUUCCGUGGUCGAACAUCCCAACGUGCUUCCCAGUAGUACUAACCCUACCCGACCCUUCACGAUGAACACGCUGGAUGAACAUUUGGAUAUGCUGAUGGUGUGUCACCAUCUGUCCAAAAACAUUGCCGAGGAUGUGGCCUUCGCUGAGAGCCGUAUCCGCGCCGAAACCAUCGCUGCCGAGGACGUUCUUCACGACAUUGGAGCGAUCAGUAUGAUGUCUUCCGAUUCUCAGGCCAUGGGCCGCUGUGGCGAGGUUAUCUUGCGGACGUGGAACACCGCCCACAAGAACAAGGAGCAGCGGGGUCCGCUGAAAGAAGAUGAGGGUACUGGUGCAGACAACUUCCGUGUCAAGAGAUACGUCAGCAAAUAUACCAUCAACCCUGCCAUUGCUCAGGGCAUGUCACACUUGACCGGAAGUGUUGAAGUUGGCAAGCUGGCCGAUUUGGUAUUGUGGCAUCCCAGCUCGUUCGGCACCAAGCCUUCCAUGAUUAUGAAGAGUGGAAUGAUUGUAGCGUCGCAGAUGGGUGAUCCUAAUGGUUCCAUCCCCACCAUCGAACCGGUUAUCAUGCGACCUCAAUUCGGGGUAAGUAUAUGUUUUCCUCGUUUGAUCGAGCUGUAUCUGACUUGUCCAGGCCAACGUCCCCAGCCUCUCCGUCAUGUGGGUCUCGCAGGCCUCCAUCGACUCCGGCACGGUGCAGUCAUACGGCAUCAAGAAACGCAUCGAAGCAGUCAAGAACUGCCGAAAUGUCAGCAAAUCCGAUAUGAAGCACAACGACGCCAUGCCGAAGAUGCAUGUUGACCCGGAAAGCUACGUUGUCGAAGCGGACGGCAUGCUCUGCGACGCCCUACCGGCAGAAACCCUGCCACUCACGCAAGACUUUUUCGUCUUCUAGUGUUCUUGAGUACGAUACCAUGUGUUUUUGUUUUUGUUUGUUGGAUCUCAUUGGAUUUCCUUUGGCGAAGCUUGCAUCUGUAUGCAUAUGUCUACAUCUGUCAUUGCUUAUCGAUGAGAGAUGUUCGAACGAUUUACGACUGUAUAUAUCUGGUUUGAGAAGAUUGUUUCUUACGUCCGUCUGUCCAUUCAUCUGAUGUCGGGUCUAGUGCCGUAGGUGUAUAGCGAUCCACCUGAUGAUCUGUGAAUAUCUACGGAAUAUAGUCAAGGAGAUAGCUGGAUUGGGUGAAUGUCUCCCGUCUUCACCGAUAGCCUUGUAGAACUGCCCUCUCCCACUGUAUCUCAUCUACAGUCCAUAUUCUACCUCUCU